AUGCCCUCCAGCAUCGUGAGAACAGCCCAGACAAAAAUGUUAAAGAACACUAAAAUCAAUCUCGAAGAAUGCGAGGAAGAUAUUGUUGUAUCAGAGGAUGUUCAAGUAAUCCCUUCAUUCAAGAAGAUGCAUCUGAAAGCGGAACUUCUUCGAGGGAUCUAUGAGUAUGUCGUACUUCUAUGCACUAGUGGUGAUUUGCAUUGUGACGUAUUAAUAACCCUCUUGUCUGCACAUGGGCGAGCAGGUUUCGAGAAACCGUCUUUGGUUCAACAGCGAGCCAUCGGUGAGAUAAUGAAGGGACGAGAUGUUGUGGUUCAGGCCCAAAGUGGAACAGGGAAAACGGCCACCUUUUGCAUUGGCACCCUGCAACGCAUGGAGUGUUCCAGGAAAGAAACGCAGGCUCUGUUCAUAGCGCCGACACGAGAACUGGCAUCGCAGAUCCACCAGGUUACAACUGCACUGGCCGAUUACCUGUCCGUCAAGUGUACCCUGUGUUGCGGUGGGAAGAAUAACGUCGGUGAGAUGACGAAAAGUGUUGAACGAGGGUCGCAGAUUGUUGUUGGCACUCCAGGUCGGCUAUUGGAACUCGUGCGAAACGGUUGCCUGAAGCUGUCGUUCCUUCGAGUGGUUGUUGUGGACGAGGCCGACGAGAUGCUGAACCAGGGCCUCCGCGAUCAACUGGAGCAGAUACUUCGACGUCUCCCCGCCCCUUCCUCGUCCUCCGUCGUAGAGUUUGAAGGUGAUAGUGGCAAUGCGGUGGUGAAGUCUCCCGUGCAAAAGGUUGUUGUUUCAGCCACCUGGACUUCGGGUUGUCGGGACAUGUUACAGCAGUUUUUGACCGAGCCUGUCUGCAUCCUCGUGCCUAGGGACGAGUUGAGCCUCUCGGGCAUAGCCCAGUACUACAUCAGCACUGGAGGCGAGGAGUGGAAAUUCGGCACGCUCACGGACAUCUUCGCGUCCACGUGCGUCGCCCAGACGGUGGUGUUCGUGAGGACCAGGCGCAAGGUCGACUGGCUGUCGGAGCGACUGCGCAACGACGGUUUCGCUGUGACCGCCGCCCACGGCGACAUGGACCAGGCGACAAGGGACCAUGUGAUGAAGCAGUUUCGUGCGGGCCGCAGUCGAAUCCUCGUCACCACGGAUAUAUGGGCACGCGGAAUCGACGUCCAAACUGUCGGCUUGGUGAUCAACUAUGACUUGCCCCAGACGGCUGCCAUGUACCUUCACCGGAUCGGACGAUCUGGUCGCUUUGGUCGUCGUGGGCUCGCCAUCAGUUUCGUGUCCGACUCUGCGGACAUGUGUCACCUCAAAAACAUCGCCAGGAUUUACAGUAUUUCUAUUGACCCCGCACCAGCGAAUCUUGCGGAGCCAGAAGUAAUUCUUAAUGCAAAGAAGCAGUUCCCUCAAGCUGCAGCCCCAUCGGUUGAAGUGGCUCCAGGUAAAGAGCAAGAAAAAUCGACGUCAAGUGGUUCGAUAUCCGCAUCGCGAAAGAGGAAGAUGAGGUUGAAGAGGAAUCGGCUAAAACGGCGCAAGGUGACUGCGAAGAAACAGAUGGUGGAGAAGGUGUGCCCUUCUCCUCAUUAG